UGCAUGGCAGAGCCCAAUUGCGCGCCAGGACCACGACCUCCUUCACAGGGGCCACUCCACUCCCCACCCCAUCACCCUGGUAUAAAGCCCUGUGGUGUGGCCACUGCAGGGCUGGGGGCAGGAGGAGGAGGAGGAGGGAGCAGCCAUGGAGGGCAGCAUGAAGCAGGUGGUGCUUGAAGAGCCGCUGGACCCGGAGAAGGGCUGCUGCGGCACCGGGUGCUGCUCCAACGGGUGCUGCAAGCCGGGCUGCUGCUGUUGGCCCUGCGCCGUGUGCUGCACCAAGUGUGCGCGGUGCUGCAUGCCCCGGUGCUGCCGCUGUCCCGGCUGCCCCAGCUGCGGCGGCUGCAUCAAGCGGUCGCUGUGCUUCGUCCCCCGCCUGCUCUGUUACCUGCCCCGCAAGCUCCUGAGCUGCCACCGCCUCAAGUGCCUCCUCCUGGUGGUGCUGGUGGUGGUGCUGGUGGUGGUCAUCAUCGCCGGAGCCUUGCUGAUGUGGCUGCGCGCGGACCAGCGCCACGCUGAUGCUGUCCUAAGGAUGGGGCUCUGGAGAGAACCAGCCUGGGAGGAGGAUGCAGCCACGUUCUAUGUGGAUGGUGGGGAUGGAAACCCGGCCACGGUCAUCUAUGACUACAGGAAUCUGCUGGUGAGCUACAGAUCCCAGCUCCACGGUGCCUGCUACAUCGCCCACAUGGACAAGGACAACAUCCCUGGGCUGGACACCAUGGCUGAGGCCUUCCAGCGCUGGCAGGAUGAGAAGAGACUUGCCAUGCCCCUAGCUGACCGCUCCAUCCUGGGCACCACCACCAGCAUCCUCUGCAGCAUUGUCCCCAUCUACUGGGCUUAACCUUGCUGGGUGGGUGCAAAGGGUCCCAAUGCCUGCAGGGGACCAUCCAUCCAUCCAUCCCUCCCUCUAUCCCUCCCUCCAUCCAUCCCUCCCUCCAUCCCUUCUGCCAUCCAUCCAUCCAUCCAUCCAUCCAUCCAUCCAUCCAUCCAUCCAUCCAUCCAUCCAUCCAUCCCUCCAUCCCUCCCUCCCUCCCUCCCUCCCUCCCUCCCUCCCUCCCUCCCUCCAUCCUUCCAUUCAUCCCCAUCAUUCCCAGCACCUCCACAGCUGCACCCCUCACCACACCCUGAUUUUGGGGGCUGAGCAGGAGGUUUUGGGGGGCAUGGGGUGGGUUUGGACGGUGCAGG